GAGAGAGAGAGAGAGAGAGAGAGCGAGAGAAAAAAGGCUUUCGCUUUUUGCAGUGGUGAGGGACGACACAGCGGGCGGUGGUGGCUCAGGUGGUGCUGCGGGGGCAUUGCCUUUUGCCUGACCGCCGAUGCGGCCCAACUGUUUCGUACCAUAACACCAUUACCAAAACGAGCGAAAAAGGAGUGGUGAUCCCAUUGCCCAUUUCAUACAUUUCCGGCAAUUAAACCUACAAUCUUGUACUCCCUCCUCCUCUCCGUGUCCGACAUUCACUUGCAUUUGACGUGGAAGUGUUAACUGGUCAUUAAUGCAAUUGAAAACCAUUCUCCGUGAUCUCUGGAUCAUGAGAGAUGAGAUGAGGAAGAAGCCGACCACGGCUGGAGGGCCGGAGAGGAAGAAGCUGCGCCGUCGCCAGACGAAGUCAUACAUUGCACCUGAACAGCCGUAUUCACCCCCGGAGCAGCAGCAGAGCCAGUGGGCCAACAUGCCUCCUGAGUUGCUUUAUGACGUUAUCCAACGCGUGGAAGAAGCCGAGACUUCCUGGCCUGCUCGGAGGGACGUCGUUGCGUGUGCUUCGGUUUGCAGAUCGUGGAGGGAGAUCACCAAGGAGAUUGUUAAGACUCCGGAGCAAUGUGGCUUGCUUACCUUCCCUAUCUCACUGAAACAGCCGGGGCCAAGAGAUUCUCUGAUCCAGUGUUUUAUUCAGAGGGAAAGAGAAACUUCGACAUAUCGCCUGUUUCUUGGUUUAAGCCCUGCUCUCUCCGGGGACAUGAGUAAGCUAUUGUUGACAGCAAGGAAACUCAGACGGGCAACAAGUACAGAAUUUGUGAUAUCCUUGGCUGCAGAUGAGUUCUCUCGAGCAAGCAAUACUUAUGUCGGAAAACUAAGGUCCAAUUUUUUGGGAUCCAAGUUUACCAUCUAUGAUAGUCAGCAUCCACAUGGUUCUGCAAUUCAAACAAGUCAGAGGUCGCAUAAAAAAAUGAAUUCAAAGCAUGUUCCAAAGGUAUCUGCCGGUAGUUAUAAUGUUGGGACAGUAUCUUAUGAGCUCAACAUCCUCCGAACAAGGGGACCAAGAAGAAUGCAGUGCAUGAUGCAGUCUAUUCCCAUCUCAGCAGUUCAGGAAGGGGGUGUUGCGCCUACUCCAACCGAAGGGAGCGUUGCACCUACCCCCACUGAUUUCGAAGACUGUCGAAAUCGGCAAACCUCCCCAUCGCCAGUUUCACAGGGAAAAAAGCUGUUUGACAACUUGAGCUGUGGUAGUCCCAGACUAGAUUUGGAGCAUGAUGACAUGGGUGACCCGCUCAUUUUGAAAAAUAAAGCUCCUAGAUGGCAUGAGCAGCUGCAGUGUUGGUGUCUAAAUUUUAGGGGCCGUGUUACAGUGGCCUCAGUAAAGAAUUUCCAGCUGGUGGCUGCUGCUGAGCCUUCCCAAAAUGUCUCAGCGGCUGAACAAGAGAAAGCAAUACUGCAAUUCGGGAAAAUUGGUAAAGACAUUUUCACAAUGGAUUAUCGAUACCCUCUCUCCGCUUUCCAAGCCUUUGGAAUCUGCUUGAGCAGCUUUGACACAAAACCAGCCUGUGAAUGAUUACUGUCUGUUCUCAUCGUGUGACUAUCAUGUUCAUCUUCCCUUAACGUUAAAUGUAAAUACUCUUUUGGAGUGAAGCGCUGUAGGCUAUGCCUUUUUGGUGAUUAGCUAGUGCAUUACCUGAAGUCGCACGAGGUUGUGUAAUGGCAGUAAAGCAUAAUAAUGUAAGUUUGCAAUUUCUUUAUUAAAUGAAAGCAGUUAGUUGUUCGAUCACUUCCAGUGUUUCACUUUCCAGAGCCUAUAUAU